AUGCCCAGGUACACGCCGGCGGCACGGCCGCUUGUGCAGUGCCUGCGUGGCUCAGCUUCAUCCUCGACCUCGAUAUCGAUCUCGACCUCGACCUUGCUGGUAUCAUUCCGACCUAUCGUCGCCGCACAGCAAUUCCGCCCGCUGUCGUCGACGGCGACGGCGGCCUCUCCAGACACGGCCUCCUCUGUGUCAUCUACGCCGUCCACAACCCCCGAACAGGUCGUCCUCGAGGGCUGGGAGCUCGACCCGGACCGGACGACGCUGCCGUGGGCCGAGAAGGAGCUGAUGCGACGUGGCACGCCGCCGGUGGGCUCGCGGCGGCGACGGGCGGCACUACGGGCGGCGACAGACCUGAUGGGCUCUCUCUCGCUGUCGGCGCCGGCUUCCCCGGUCCCGUUUGAGUUGAUGCCAUACCAGUGCUUCCAGGAGGCACGCAAGGUGCUGCAGAGUGACCGGGAAGACAAGCUCCGGCAGAUCGCGGCGACGGCGGCCAAGAUCCGAAAGCUGGAGGCGGUGAUCACGGACCCGACGGGCGACGUGGUGGGCCUGACCAACACGUCGCGGGGCGGCGAGCCGUACCGGCAGCGGAGGCUGGCCAGUCUGCGACAGCACGUGGAGGAGCUGAAGAUCCUGGCCGACAUUAACGAUCCGCUGGUGAAGCGGCGAUUCGAAGAUGGAUUGGGCGACAUGAACAAACCAAUCUAUCGCUACCUCGCCGAACAGCGCUGGCGUGACCGCCCUCUCCGCCUGCUGCAGCAGCGCAUCGACCAGUUCCACCUCGCGCCCGACCUGUUGCCAGCCGGUCUUUUGCAGCCACGCGCCGACGUCGAGCUCUUCUUCCGCAGCUACAGUGUCGCUCCCGGUGCCAUUGUCGACAGUCUCAUCAGCGAGGUGUGUCCGCGGUUGCGCGUGCAGGUGUUUGACCGUGGCAUGCGUCUGGUCUCGGUCGUCGUCGUCGAUGCCGACGUGCCCGACUGGGAGGCUGACUCGUUUACCCGUCGCUGCCACUUUCUCGCCGCCAACAUCCCGCUCGCACCCUCGGACGCUUCUGUGCCGCUCAGUCGCCUCGACCCUGCCGCCCAACUCGUCUUGCCCUGGCUGCCCGCCUACGCCCAGAAGGGCUCGGCUCCCCACCGCUUCGCCGUCCUCGUCCUAGAACAGCAGAACCCCCUCGAGCCGCUCGACCACGACGCCCUCACUCGUUCCUACGCCCAAGCUCGCAAUGGCUUCGACGUUCGUCGUUUCGUCGACAAGUUCCGCCUCUCCACCGUCGGCUGCACCCUCUUCCGCUCCCAAUGGGACGCUGGCACUGAGGGCGUCAUGGCUCGUGCUGCUGUCCCCGGCGCCGACCUCGAACUCAAGCCCAUUCGCCUCCCCUCGCUCAAGCCGCCUCGCAAGGCCCGCGGUUGGGAAGCCAAGCACCAGGGCCCAAAGUAUCGCCAUCUCUGGAAGUUCACCCACCGCAUCGCCACCCCCAAACGCAGGUUUGUCCGCUAA